AUGGAGGAAAAGGAUUCUUUUUCUAAUGAACAUAUGGGUGAGUUUGUAACGGAUGCUAUUUCUUCACUUCUGCAGCCGGCUACUUGCACAGCGGAGGUUAUGCAACGUGCUCUAAUGCAGCAGCAACUCCUUUACAAGGAUAUUGAGUCUCUAAAUAACGAAUUACAAGAGGCCCAGGGAAAGUUUAAUACCAUAAAUAAUACACAGCGUCAUGAACUAGAUAAUUGUUGUACUAGAGUGGCAAGAUGCCGUUCAGAUGUGGCUGUUUUAUUUAGACAACUCAUAAUGAUAAAACAACGACUUUUACGUGUAAAGGAAGCUAUAUUAAAGCAGAAGGAAGAAGGAUCAACGACUGCUGAUAACGUACAAAUAGGUACAUAUAUCGAGGAGGAGCAAAAGGAAGAAGAAAAGGAAGAAAGGUCUGGUCAAGAGGAAACCGUAGAAUAA